AUGUUUAUCAACGCAAAGCCCCGGGCUGUCUCGAACGGCUUCGAAACCUUUGUCCCAAACCACAGAGCGAACUUACUCCACCGAAGGCUUGUUGAGAUGACGAACAACGACGUCAACGCUUGGAGUAUCUUCAGGCCCGUGGCACCAUCAGUAUCCGAUAACUGGGACCACAAUCUCGAUGAAUACGGCAACAACGAAAACUUUCAAGUUCAUAGUCUGUACGGAGGAUACAUCCAGGACGACUCCGCUGGUGCGCAGAACCAAACCGUCAACCUUCCAAGGACAGUAACGUUUGCCCCAGCCCUCCAGACUCAGUGCCAGUCAUACAAGAAUGUUUCGACCUCGCAGCAAAUCUACCAGGAACCGGCUCCUGGGAUGAAUUGCUUCCAAAGGCCUAGCCCUAUGCUUGGUAAUGACUAUUCACAACUAAGCUUGGGCCGAGGGCGAGGCAGCUUCGCGGAGUUCUCGAGCGUGCGGAAUGUCUUGAAAGAUCUCAGUUACCGGACCCAGUCCGAAGUAAACAAUGCAGACUGCACCCCAUCGUCAUCAUCCUCUGGGCUCUCGCAGUCAUCCUACCCUGACGAGAGCUCCACCAUCAACACACCAGCAGAUACGACUGAUACGAGUCCCAACACGGCAUACAGCACUUACUCGCCGCCACAAGCCUCGGGUGAUUUGCGUAGCAGCAGAAACAGCCAGAACACAUACGAGCCUUCCACGGCCCACGACGGGCUGCCAAGGUAUCCACAGCAGCAGUUUCACAAUCCAUGGACAACAGAUUCUGCCCUGGGGGAUACCUGGUCAGCACAAUCGCUGGCUGCAAAUACCAUCUCGCCAAAGAUGUUGACUCUGAACGUUUCGACCCCGUCGCUGUCAUCAUCCAGUUCACGCCGAGGAUCGGUGAUGGCACUUUCCGAUUCGAGCUCAGCCUUUAAUUUGGAAGACGAUCUCGGAAACUUCUCAGGGCCUGAGCCUCUGCCAGUCGUCGAGCCACAGCAACCAGUCCGCAGACCGCGUCAUAUGCUUCCUGACUCCGUCCUAAGUUCACGUAGAGUCGUGCCAGUAGUCCCCAGCAAUGACUUCGUUUCGAAGAAGAACAACAAGAAGCGGCCAAUGAAGGAAUCCAGGCCGUCGAACAACAGCCGCAGAAAGAGCAGCCUCUCUACGAGAAGCACUCCGGUUUCCACACAAAGCCAACCACCCCCACAAGCCUCCUCGAGCACAUCAAAGACCUCAAGACCUCAUGUGGCGCUCAAGAGGGUCGAGCCAAAGCCUGUCGACCCAGAAACACUGUCGCUAUCUGCUGCAGCAGUGCAAGCGAUGCAUCAGCGAGACUCCAAAGACGAUUUCUUGGUUCGUUCCAAGCUGGCUGGUAUGUCUUACAAAGACAUCCGCCGCAAGGGGAAGUUUACCGAGGCGGAAUCAACCCUUCGAGGACGAUUUAGGACACUUACAAAGCAUAAGGCAGCACGGGUACGAAAGCCAGAGUGGUCAGAUAAUGAUAUCCGACUUCUCCAGAAAGGGGUGCGUAAAUAUGGGCAGGGCUUGGACUCUUCGACUCCCAAGAUCCCGUGGAAGCUGGUGGCCGAUUACAUUGCCGACCACGGUGGAUCGUAUCACUUUGGCAAUGCUACCUGUCGAAAGCGAUGGGAUGAGCUUCAGGAUGAAUGA